UUACGCGGGAAAGCACGUUCACGCAGUUUUAUAUUUUUAAAACUUUUAAUUUUCGAACGUGUGACUUUGAACCAACCAGUGACUUUUUAAAAGGAAAUUCGAACUUUUUAAUUUGAUUGUGGAAAAGGUUUUUUAUUGUACAAUUUUUGACCACGUGUUGAGAUGUGGACUCGCAGUGUGUUUGGAUGUGAGACAGGGAUCGGAUCGUCUCAUUGUGCAAUAUAGGGAUUUCUUAAGACGGGACAACAGCAACGAUCAAAAAUGCUGAAGUGGGCAGUAUACGGUAAAAAGAAUCAGGAUGUCAGGCCAUCCACCGAAAUCGAGGCUGGAGACCGAGAGCCUUACACCAAUGGACCUUACACCAACAAAUCAAGAAGGUCUUUAGACGCUCAGACAGUCAAGAGAAGCAAAAAACCAAGCAGAUACCAAAGACGAUCUCUCGGUUCUGCUGCGAGAAAAAAUGUCAAAGCCGUCGAUAAAGAGAACAUCAACUACAUAGGAAAUACUCCAAAUUAUUACAAAGAAGGCUUCGUUAAAAAACCUGAAGCAUUAGCCCUGAAAGACGUUAGCAACUUGACACCCACUUCUGGGACACCAGUAAAGAAGUUUGACAGAAGAAAAUAUUACCUAAAUGGUUCUAAAGAUGAUAUUCCUCCAGAUCUACCUCCAACUCCUCCUACGUAUAGCAGAAGAGUAAGAGAAGCGAAGAAGAGAAAGCUAGAGAUGAGUAGCACAAGUCCUAAUAGUGAUGUUUUUAGAAGAGACAGUUGCGCCUACAAGUCUGAGAGGCGAAUUAAGCCCAUCGAUAGAAGUCUGUUUAGUCCACCAAGACUAAUUCAUAGUUCAUCUGAGCCAUCUUUGAAUGAACUUUCGGAUAGACUUAGUGCAACUACUAGCAGCACUCGUAGUAGACAUUCUAUCGCUUUAGCUAAAAACAGUAAUUUUCCUAUUAGUACUACCAAAACAACUAGCGAAGGGCUCGUAGAAAUAGAAUACGAUGAAGAUGUAGUCAUCAAUUGCGUAGAGAAACCUAUAAAAGUUAACAAAAACGUUGAAAAAAGUACGCUGCCUAUAUUCGGACAUCACAUUUUUAUGGAUAAUCCUUUGUAUUUUAACAAAAAUGAAGGGGUCACGUGUAUUAGGCCUCUGAAACGCACAAGAAAGAAAUCGAAUGAAUUCGAGAGUUCGUUCAAAUCUCCUUCUGUAGAUAAGAAAGACACUCAUGCACUAGUAAGAGACGCAUGCUCUCCUGUUUCUAUAACACCCUUGUCUACCAAAUUGGCAGCUUUACGAUUUAGUACCAUGAGCACUCAUAGCAAAUCCCAAAGAACAGCUUUCGCAAACGAUGUCAGUGAAUAUUUUCCAAAGGUAGAAAAUCCUUUUACUAUUCCUCUGAAAGACGAGGAAUCAUCUACUGAAAUGGAAAAUAAGUUCAUCUUGUGUAAAGAUUCUAUAACAAACGUAACGAAUUCAACAGUUUCAACUACACAAAUGGGAGAUGUGACUUUAGAGAGGAUGAUUGAAGAUAUUAUUAAAAGUACAAAGAUAGUUAAGUCCAAAAGAAGGAUUCUAAAAGAAAAAAAUCACCAACCUCUAGUUGAAGAUGAAGUACCUCCUCUUGAAACUGUAAAAGACCUUUUCGUCAACCCACAAGCUGAGAACAAAGCUAAUUUAAUAAAAGAAGCUAAAUAUGUGAAUCUAUCUAGAGAAAAUUCUAUAUCACCAAAAAGUUCGCCAACCAAGAAGAUGAUGCCUAUAAUUAGGGUCAAUGAUAGACUACUCAAAAAUCUUCCCAUAGGGUGUUUUAUAUUAGAUGACGGUGACGGCUAUAAUGAAAGAGAAGUUAGAACACCAGACAGUUUUGUUGAAGAUAAACCAAGAAUAAUCUCUAACAAACGAGUAAAUAGGUCCUUAAAUAGAUCACAUUCAAUGAAGGAAUCAGUUGAAAAAGGCAACUUGGAAUACGCAUCAUCAGGGUCAACACCAGAUAUAUUUUCAGCGGCAAGAGAAGCAAAUCUUAGAUUAAGAAGACAAAGAUGUAUUCGGAGAAAGAAAUCUACAGUGAGCAAUGAAAGUCUAUUCAGACAAAAACCCAGAUCUGAAACUGCGUCGAUACUUACUUUAGAAAUGGGUAUGCCUAGUCCAAGUACAGAACUACUAAAUGUAUCACUAGGUGACAUGCCUGGCUCACCUUAUUCAGCUCGUACUCACGAAGUUUACGAAGAAAAUCAUAAUGUAUCCCACAGUAGUCUUGCGCCCACAGAACCUUACGCUCAGAAUAAAAGAUCUCGUGAACUAUUUGGUCUUACUUUAGAAAACGGUAUUCCAAGCCCAAUAACACCAGUACCUAAUCUGAAAAGACCAAGCAAUGUUCUAAGCGAAGAACGAGCUCAUAAGACGAGUAAAUUAGAUGAAGAUCUGAUACCAACUGAUGCGUUUACUCCUGUAAUCGAACACAAGUCUUCUAGAAGAUGUCUUACUUAUUCUCCUGAAGAAUCAAUCAAUAGUAGCGAAGAGAAACGAAGGAGUGUCGCUAGUAAUAGACUUGAAAGAAGUUCAGACCGUUUCCAAUCUCUCAAAGGGACUAUAGACUUGGAAAUUGUUACCAGAAAUGACGUAAUAGACGUUCACGUAAUCCGCUGCAAAGAUCUUCAGAGGCCUUCAGGAAAAACGGAUGACAUAAAUGCUUACGCGAAGGUCGUGAUCAGCGGUGUGACAGAGAGUCAAUCCCUGCCGUCCCAGAGGUCGAUAUUCCAGAGAACUUCGGUCCUCUACGGGAGGAGAGAGCCGGAGUUCCAGAGGCACUUGCGGCUGCCCCUCCCGACGGCGAUAUACGACCAUCAGAUGCUCCACAUCUCUGUCUGGCAUCGGGAUAAGAAAUAUCGGCGGAGCGAGUUCCUAGGAUGCGUCUCGUUCCCACUAAAAGAUGCAAUUAAGAGCGACGUGGGAGGCACCUACUUUUUGCAGCAGGGUAGACAGCCCGCUCAGGACAGAUGCGGUAGGGAGGCUGUGACGGAAGACAAGAGAAAGAUGGCCACUGAUAACAUUGAGACUAGCACCAACGAUGGAACUAAAGAAAACCAUACUGAGAAAGGAGCAACAACAAACGGGUCAGCGGUGCAAGCGGCGGCGGUAGCCGCAGCCCUGCAGCGGGAGGCUGACGAGCACCUGUUCCUGAGGUACCUUGAGCUGGACCCGCCCGAAGACCCCGCCGCGCCCCGCCGAGCGCAAAGGAAUGGCAGAACACCAUUUACUACCACUAGGAAACUAGUCCGUGGCACGGCCGGCGGGUUUGGCUUCACUGUCGUCUGGACCAGGCCUCCGAGGGUCGAGAGAGUGGCUGCAGGAGGAUCCGCCGAGAGGGCUGGGCUGAGAGCUGGAGACUACAUCGUGUUUGUGGGCAAUAAGAACGUCGUCACUUCUAGCGAGGAGGAAGUCCGGACGCUUGUAAAGUCAGCAGGCCAAAGCCUUACAAUUGAGACCUUCAGGAGAGUGCCUCCAAACGGCGUCGGAGUCAGGCCUAGAGCUCAGGUGUCCAUACCGGCUCCUGAGUCAACCCCUCCUCCUCCCCCUCGAUCACCCAGGGCUGCUGCUCUGGCGUCACCAGCAACACAGGCCCGACCGCCAACAGCCUGUUCGUCGACCAGUCAAUCUUUGGACAGGCGCAAGCUGCAUCUGCCACAAGUGACGUUCUCCAAAGAGACGCCAGGGUUGUCGUCAGACGGCCGAAAGAGGGCGCUACUAGCAGUGGUAGCCCGGGAACAGCACUAUGCCACAUGCCUACAGUUCGGGCUCGUCCGGUUCGUCUCACCUUUGGCUGAACGAGCCGACCUGAUUGCGCCCAAUGACCACCAACUGCUGUUCCAAAAUCUUGAAGAGAUCUUCAGGCUGUCAGAAGACAUCUUAGACCAAGUGGUUCAGGACGAUGGAGAGAUUCAGACGUCGACGGUUGUGGCGGUGUACCUGCAAAAGACCCCUGUGUUCCUUAGUCUUUAUAAGAAGUAUUGCUUAGGACUGAAAAGAGCUGAUUGUGUUUUGGUAAAAAAAUCGAAAGACCCGAGCGGCGCGUUCUCGCGGUUCUGCACGAGUCCCCCCAUCCCAAGGAGAAGACCAGACAUCACUUCAUUGGUACACAAGCCGCUGGAGCAGUUCCGGGAGCUGCUGAGGAUGAUGAGGGCGGCGGCGGCGGCCAGCGGCGCCGGGCCCUACGACCAGCUCGAGAAGAAGCAGCUGCAAGUCAUCGUCGAGCAGUUACAGAUUGGAUACCAAGAUGUGACGGCUGGAUCCGGCCUAAUGGGGCUUGCAGGUGAUGGCAAACCACUGUUGUCUGUUGCUGAUUUAGAAAGUCGACUCGUGUUCACUAGAUGUAAACCGUUCGUACUAAGUACGGCAGGCCGGCAAUGGAUCUUCGGUGGCGAGCUGUCCCGAGUGGAGGGUCGCGCAGUGAGACCGUACUGGGCACUCCUGUUCAGUGAUCUGCUGCUGUUUGCCACCGUAUCCAGGGACAGAGUGCUCUUCGUCACGGAGGAACCCGUCUCUCUUGGCACUAUUUCCGAAGCGCAGUUUAAUGUUAGGAAAAAAGCAACUGAAUUCAGGCUGAUCCUGGGAAGAACUGGCGGAGAAAGUCCACUGGUCUCCUGCGCACCUCGAACCCCGAGUCGAGCACGAACCGUCGUCCUGCGAGCACCGUCGAUAGACUUGAAGGCUGUAUGGCAAAGCUUGCUGCAACGACAGAUAUACCGAGCGCAUACGAUGUCGGGCACGCCCCUCGGUUCGCCGUUAGACUCUCCAGACCCUCAGCUGACGUUCUCCUUGGCGACCCUGGACUCGCAGCAACGCCAGACGCGUCGAAGCUCACAAGAGACCCAGACGGGCGCGGGGGGAAGCGCGACUGAGGGGGCGAGAAGUUCCAAAAGUCGAGGAUCCACUCUGCACCUCCAGAGAUGGAUGACACAACUUCCUGAAGCCGAAGAAAUGGACCCACCCGAUCCAGAUAUGGAGAUGUGGAGCGUGGAGGAGUUAAGGAAGAGAUCGAAGGAACUGAACCUUCUCGAGGUGGCAGACCUUAUUUCCAACCAUGCUGAAAAUAAAGGUUCGUCAUCUGCAGAGAAAAAGGAAGCAGAUCACAGCCCAUCCAAAAGCAGUAACUCCGGAAGUCAAAUUACAGUGCGAACGAGUCCUGUAGUUGUAGACACUAUCCCAGUAUGCAGACAGUGCCAUAAAAAGUGUUUGUCAAAACCAAACAGCCCCUUAAUAUCCCAAAAAGAACCCCCAGUAAUACCAGCAAAGCCAAAAGUAGAAGCAUCGCCUCAGAAUUCGAACUCUAACAAAAGUGCGGCGAGUUCGUGUAGUGCUAAUUGUGGUAACCGUAAGCCAAAGAACUUCAGUCACUUGCAACGUAAAGGUGCUAUGAGGUUACGUCCAGAAGAUGCCCCUAUUGCAGCCGCAAAGGUCAUAGACUCAAUCGAACAAAGCCAGAAAAUGCUCAAAUCGACGUCCUACGAACUGAAAACGGACUCGCCAAUCCUAAAUAGAAGCGUCCAUGCGAGAAGUCCGAGAAGUUCUAAAAGCCAAUUGGAAUUGCGAAAAGAAACCUCUAUUAGAUCCCCAAGUCCCUCUUCUAGCAGUAGAAACGCCAGUCCAUUAUCUACUAGUCAUACAACGUGUAGUUCUAUGGUAUUUAAUUCUAGUUCUAAUGACUUGAGAAUGUCCAAUUCAAACAUUGCUAAUCAGGUCCAGUGCGUCAUUGCGCAAGAAAAAUACAUAAACGAGGUAAAAUGUGUCGAAAGUAUUACACUGUCUAAAACCAAGACAUCAACAACGAACUAUCCGUCGCCAGGAACAGCAAGAAAAGAUCAAAUAACAAGACAAAAAGCUGAGAAUGUACUUAAUAAAGUUUUGGGUAUGAACAUUAUCACUAAAAGAGAAAAUGUGGGUACGGCGUUGAAAACGUCAUCAGUUUUCUUAGAUGAUGAUUCUAUACACGAAGAAGAAAUUGAUUUUAGGAUUGAAAGAGGAAUGCGAAGGUCUCCUAGAAUGGGUAUAUCGGCAGUUACAAAAAUGAAUGGAGAUAUUAGUAAAAAGACUGAACGAACGGAAGAUGUGAACGCAAAUGUGAACGUGAAUAUGAACAAUGACGGUUCUGAUGAUGAUUUAGAAUUAGGACCUUUAAUGUUAAUGGGACUGUCUGCUAUCAAUCCAGCAGCACACCUUAUGAGAGUGGAACCAUUUAAGAGAACUUCGGGGUCUAAUUUAAAUAAUGUAAAUUCGAGACCAGGAAGUCUUGGUUCAGCUCAAUCGGAGUCUCCUGUCCCAAAUAUAGCCGUAGUGCCUCCAACGCCUGAUUAUAACUCUACUCAUAAGACUGAUGACCUUGUAGAUGAUUCUCCCGAGUCCCCCGAUGCACCAGAAGACCUACCGUACGUAUCUUUAAAGAGAUACGGAACCAUGUCAAGUCUCGAACGGUUUCCAUCCGAUGAGACUGAUGAUGGCAAUGUAAGACUUACUGAACCUGAAACGGCGGUGAAACCUUAUAAUCCAGUCACUGGCGCUGCUGGUGGAAUAAUGGGAUGGACAGCAAGAGCGGGCUCUUUUGUUGUUGAAAAGAUGAACAUUUUUAGUUAUACUGAGAGUGUACCUAACACGUCGGUUGCACAUAAGCAGCCUUCGUUCUUAGAAAGGUGCUUGGGAGUAAGUGAUUGGAAAUCUACCCUGGCAACUGAAGAUGGGACAGUUGAGACGGGAGAGGGGAGUGGAGCGAGUGGGGAAGAAGCUUGGGGUACUCCGUCAUCAGGGGAUCUUUCUGACAACCUGCCCGACUCGGAACAUGGGACUCUUUCGUCGCCCACGAAGUCAUCAUCAUCAUACGCUGGUGAUGAUGAUACGGAGUUGAUGAUGGAUGAGCUCUUGAUGGCUCCUACGAUAACUGGACCUACCACGCUGAGACCUCUCUUGCCAAGGAGAAGACUAGAACCCCUACUUGAAGAGGAGUGCUCCGACAGUGGCAGUGAAGACAACAAGCCUACCCCCACCAACUCUGACGACCAGGGCAGCAGGCAUGGCGCCGAUGCUGACGACUGUUGCGACGCGCCGCACCUGCCGCCCUCUGCUUCCGAACCAGAAGCAGGGGGCGGGGGUGCGGGCGGCGCAGCGUUGCGCGGGCGCAGUGGUGGCGCCGCGGGCGAGGUGAGCCCCGAGCGGACGCCCACCAACGAGGCGCCUUCGAUGCCCUUACAAUAUGUUUCAAGAGAAUGUGCGGAGGCGCGUGUCGCUGCUGGUGCGGGCGGCCGGCGGGGCUCAGCCAGCUCGGCGAGCACUCCUUCCACUCUCGAGCGUACCGCCAUACACAACCCUACACCGCAUCCACUUUCACCGGAGCCACCACCAGCGGUCGAGGAUUUAUCCCGACCCGAGGAACCGAGACCACCGACACCGGAGGAACGACUCAGUCCUCGAGCGGAGAUGAGACUGGCCCUCGACCUGGGCAAGGACAUGCUGGCAGACCAGGAGGUGUCCUGGGGUGGCGGGUCCGACCCCUGGUCGUUUCGCGCGGCUUGCCAGAAGUCACUCCUGCGCCGGGUCGCGAGCGCGGACGCGGUGACUCUGUGCCGCGCAACAACGCGCCGCACCGCGCCGCAUACUACUUCGCGCAAUUCUGUAUAUGCUUGGAAGCUUCCAGAAAACGAGGAGAAACUUAUGCAGAUGGAGCAGCUGGCGCGAGCGGAAGUUCAGACGAUGCGUUCGCGGACGCGGUCUCAAUGCCAGAACGGGAAGAUACUGGGUUUCCUUCGACGUCGCGCAUCGUCCGAUAGCCCUCGUCGCGAGCCGCUGCUACUCGGCGGUACUCUCGCCAGCACCCGCCCGUUCUCUCCCCGUCGGACCACCGAAAAACAAUUCGAGAAACGAUUCUGGAAACAAGUUACUAGAAGACGUCAAUCCCUUGGAUCCAUCAGUCAGAUUUAAUGAACAAUAUAUUGGACCCAUACGGACAUAACAUUGGACCCAAAGAGACUUCUUUGGACCAAAGACUUGACUUUGGACCUAAAAGUUGGUUUGCUGAAAGUGUUCAUGUCUGUUUAGUAGUACCUACGUUGUAGAUAGAACUUAGUUAUAAAUAAUAAAUGUAGAUAAUUUUAUUGACGCCAUGAUGGACCAUGAAAAAGUUUGACGCCACUUAUCAACUUAGCCCGAUAUUUACCACUUUUAGAUACAAUUUUUCCUUUUUCUGAAAAACUAAAAAGCAUGUGCGUGGGGACAAAUAAAACAUGAACUGUAUGUAUUACGUGGCAGUGUCGCCGGCACACAGAAUUGUACGUUUUAUUGCACUCAUUUCUUGCGUAAAACUGUAACUUCAAGUAUAAUCUUUAAUCUACUAACUAGUCACAGUUUUAAAACAAGAAAUAUGGGUGAGACCCCAGUUACAAGAAAAAGAGGUACAUACUUACUUAUUUUUACUAAAUUCGACAUAUUAUUGAGAAUCGAGUAUAAUGCCAAAA